AUGGUCGACCCCCGCCUGCCCGACCGGGUCAGAGUGACCCUGACGCGGGUCCACAUGCCCGACCCAAAGCUCAGCGCAGCAAGCGGAUCUCUGCCGCCCGCCACGAUGGCGGGCGGCGGCAGAGCGGCGGAUCAUCGCUCGGCGCCGCGUUACGAGGAAGUGGAGCGCCAGUACGCCUCCCUGCCGAGGCGCGGCGGCCCUUUGGAUCCGACGGAGUACCCGAUGCCGCCCUGGUCGGGCCAUUACCCCGGACCCCCCCAGGGGUACCCUCUGUCCCCCUCCUACCCUAACCCCAGCCCCCAGCCGGCCCCGUCCUACUCCGGCUACCCGCCCGCUCAACCGUACGCGCGGCCGGGCGCCGACCCCGGCUACUACCCCCACCCGAGCUCCCAGCAGAGAGGCCCCCUGCGGCAGGACGUGCCCCCGUCUCCCGCCCCCCCCCUGCGCGGGCCGCGGUACGACACCGUGGCGCGCGGCGCCGCGGGCGGAGCCUACAGGCGCCUGGCGGGUCCCGGUCCGGACCAGUACGCCCACGCCGGCGAGGGAGGGAGGCAGCAGCAGCAGCACCGGACCAACCCGAGGCAGAAGAACGCCGUGACCGCGGCCGUGUAGACCAAUCAGGAGCCUGGAAAGCUGCGGGUGGCGUGAUUUGUUGUGGCGGUAACGCACGGCGAGGUGAAGCAGGUUAAUUACCGGGUGGCCGGCGUGACGCUUAAUGUCUUGUUGUUUGAAGUCAUUUAAAUUGCUUUGAGUCUUCCCGCAGUAUGAAAUUAGCGGGGUUUCCACUCCUCACUGUACUCUGUGAUUAAGUCGUCUCUUUCAAGAGCCACAAAGAUAAUUGGAUCCAUUUAAAUGAAGGCGCACGUCCAGCUCUGCAGCCCCUCGUGCUGCACCUGGUGGUUUCACUGCCGCUGCUCCACAGACAAGGGGAACUUAUUUUAAACCACAUGUUACAUUUUGGAAUAAAAUACUCCGGUGUUGAGAUGUAGAAGAAAAAGAUGUAUUUAGUAAAAAUCCUCAUGUGUUCUGUUUAGUAAUGGCUGCGAACACCAACGAGAUAAAAUGACCAAUGAGUGAACAAUACAUUGAGUCCCAUUAAGAGUCAACCAACCACAAGUGGGCUGAAGUUUCAGUAUUAAGUGCCUUUUUAGACCCAUUAUCUCAACCUAACAGUAACGUAACCGAGGCAACGCCACUACCCACAAUUCUUUGCUCCUGACUAGUCUGGUGUACCACGUGCAGUAUUUUUCUUAUUUCAUGAAUUAUGGAAACUACUUAAUUAAUGUGCUCUAAAAAAGCACCGUAUUAUCUUCGCUUAAUGUGCUUUUAAUAAUUCUCUAGUUGCCUUUCGUUCUCUGACGUCCCCGCUGUAUCCGGGCAGAAAGCGCUCCGGGUUGUCUCUCUGUGUGUGUGCCACCUAGUGUGAUGGAUGUGAUGGAUGUGAUGGAAACCCGGAGGUUGAGCUUCGGAGGGUUCUCCCCUCCUGGUGCGCAUCCAUUUAGCCACUUACCAAACCAUCAAUUAGGUGGAACUGAGAGGCGGGACUCCGGCACCCAACCACGUCUCUGUUUCCCUCCCGAAAAGCACAGCGCCGUUUCAGAUUAAAUGUUUAAAAUGACACUUGAGGUUCCGGGUGAGUCGCUUCUCUGUUAACGCAAUAUCAAAGUCAUUUGACUGAAGUGGACGCAAAAGGCUUUUAAUUCGCCGGUUUGUCUGCGUCUGCGAUUGAAAUAAAAAAAUUUAAAAAAAUAGAAGAGAGUGUUUGAAGGCUUCAGAAAACAACAUUUAAAGGAAGGAAGGAAGGAAGGAAGGAAGGAAGGAAAGAAGGGAGUAGAUAGGAAGGUAAGGAAGCGAAGCGAGAGAGGAGAUCUCAGUGCUGACGUUGGCAGGUACCACCGCGCUGGCUUCAGGUUUAAUGGAGUAAAACCUCUAAAACGGUCAAUCAAACAUUUUGUUUUUCAAAACCAACGGUAGCGCAAUAUAUUUAGUAAAAUAGUCCAAAAAACAUGAUCUUGGGUUUGGGACGCUGCAGAGAUGUCGUUUCAUAUUCACCAGAAAACAUCUUUGUUUGAGAAAAAGUCCCACCGUAAUCCUGUUAGUGGGGUUUUAAAAUGAAAAUGAGAAUGACGAUGUAGAAAUAAACUGUCCUCUUAUUCCACGGUCCCAUAUAUCGCAAUUUGCGAUAUCACUCUCAUCCGGUGUCUGAUUACUCUUUGUCAAAAAUGUUAUUUGCAUUUGAAGGGGAAACAAUAAGCUUAAAUGUUUCAUGAAGAAUUAAAACAGUGUUUUAUACGCCCAGGGCCUUCGGGGAUGAAGAGCAACGCGUCAUUAAACCUGAUUACUAAAUAACAAGUGAACACGUGUUACUUUGGAUGAUUGUAGUUCCGUGGGCCUUUAUGCGGCACCAAAGACCACAAGGACCUGCGUUGAUAUGAAGGUGAAUCGUUGUUACUGUGAUGCUGGUACGAGAUGAAAUGUUUUCAUGUGAUUCCUUUGUUGUUGGUGGGUUGAGUGUUUUGCUCCUUACAACUCAGAACAACUCAACCACCUCUGUGCCUUUAGAAUUAUACAGAUGUGUCCUUAACCAUCCCAUUCAUAUCAUGUAACAGCAACAAUGUUUUCCUAUAUAUUUAUGUAUAUAACAUCUUCUUCUUUUUUACAUUAAAUAUUCUUUUUUUUUUUAAA